AUGAACAACUUGGCUAGUUGCGAAAUAGUAACCCCCUUGAUGACGAGGAAGAAAGGGAAAGGAGUGUCUAUGACCAAGGAGCUGGAUCCAGAAGCCAUCUCCCCCACAAACGGCAGUCCCAUGCCAUCCUCUGGUUCAGUGCUCACUGGACCUCACCACCUGGACUCCCUAACCCCUGCUGCCUCUCAGGGCAUGAAACGCAUGCCCACUGCUAACAGAAGUCCUUCAACUGCAGGCGCGAACCCUCUUGCCGCCCACAGCCAACAAGUACAAGUCCCACCAUCCGAGUCCUCUCAAGCCUUCAGGGAUGACCUAAGGAAGGUCCAAGACACCAUGCAGAAGGAGACCGUCGACAAUGUGACCCAAGCAUUCUCUUCCAGCCACCAGGAAGGGGAAAAUGAUCCGGAUACAGUCUCUAUAGAAGACAAAGAAUCCGAAUGUCGAACCAUCUUCUGGGACAUAGAUGCAGCCAGUAGUGUUCGAAAGUCCGGUUAA